AUGUCCUCCCGUAUCAGUAUCGCCCGUCCUCAAUCUCGGAACUACGACCCUGACCCCCAUGGCCUCUCCAAUUCCCGCUCCUCAGCCUCUACAGGCUACCGCUCGGCCAACCCUGACGACCCCAUGGAAAAGCUUCAAGCGUUCAGCCGACAAGUCGAGGACUACGUUGACAUCUAUUCUCAACCAUUGAAGCCCCAUCUUCCUGCCAUUGGUCGUUUCCUCAUCGUCGUCACGUUUUUGGAGGAUGCACUGAGAAUUCUCACCCAGUGGAGUGACCAGCUCUGGUACCUCCAGCAACACAGAAAAUUCCCUUGGGGCCUUUCGCACCUGUUUUUGCUCAUCAACGUUUUCACUAUGCUCGGCGCAUCGGGAAUGGUCAUCACCAAGCGGUAUACAGAAUACGCUGUAGCAGGACUGCUCAGUGUCGUCAUCAUUCAGGGCUUUGGCUACGGUCUCAUUUUCGACCUCAACUUCUUCUUGCGCAACCUCAGCGUCAUUGGCGGGCUUUUCAUGGUCUUCAGUGACUCCAUGGUCACUCGGAAAAAACUCUUUGCUGGCCUUCCCUCCAUCAGCGAAACCGAUCGCAAGAAAUACUUCCUCCUCGCCGGUCGCGUCUUGCUCAUUUUCCUUUUCCUCGGGUUUAUCUUGCAAGGAAAAUGGAGCAUCGCCCGUGUCUUCGUUUCGAUUUUCGGUUUAGCAGCAUGCAUCAUGGUUGCUGUCGGGUUCAAGGCCAAGUGGUCUGCAGCGUUCCUCGUUCUCACCCUCAGCAUCUUCAAUGUGUUUGCCAACAAUUGGUGGUCAGUCGGCUCCAGUCACCCUCAGCGUGACUUCCUCAAAUAUGACUUCUUCCAAACACUGUCGAUUGUUGGUGGUCUUAUUCUUCUUGUCAACAUGGGCCCUGGGGGUCUUUCGGUGGACGAGAAGAAGAAGACCUACUGA